AAGUAGUAAACUAGAGAAAAGCAAACAGUUUCGUGUGUGUUUUGUACUAAAUCCAAGCAAGUGACUGAACAAAAUGAAGUGCUUCACAACGAUCGCAAUGCUCGUCUGCCUGGCUGCCUGGACACAAGCCGAGCCGCCAGUCCAGAAUCAGUAUCUGCCGCCCAACCAGUCGCCCCAGGCGCCAUCCAACAACUAUCUGCCGCCCACACAGAACUAUCAGUCGCCGGCCAACAACUAUUUGCCUCCUCAGCGCGGCGGCGGCGGCGGUGGCUCGGCACCCAGUAACAGCUAUGGCGCACCUCUGCCACAGAGCCAGUAUGGCGCACCCGGCCUCACCGGCGCCAUCUUCAAGGGACAGAACGGCGGCGGCAAUGGCGGCUAUGGCGGCGGCAACGGCAACGCCGGCUACGGCCAGCGCGACGAGGAGCAGUAUGGCCCAGCGAAGUACGAAUUCAAAUAUGACGUGCAGGAUUAUGAGUCUGGCAACGACUUCGGUCAUAUGGAGUCGCGCGAUGGUGACUUGGCCGUCGGCCGUUACUACGUGCUGCUGCCCGAUGGCCGCAAGCAGAUCGUCGAGUAUGAGGCCGACCAGAAUGGCUAUCGCCCAACCAUUCGCUACGAGCAGGUGGGCAAUGGCAACGGCAACGGACGCAACGGCAACGGCGGCUACGACAGCAACGCGCAGCAGGGCAAAUUCAAUGGGUAUCAGUAAGGCUAA